GGGGCGCCCGCCGGGUCCCGCGCAGCGCAGAGAGCGGACCAGGUCGCGGAAGCCGGUCGCCCAGCCCAGCCGCCGCACAGGCGUCAGAAGACAACCUGAAGAAUUGGUUCUUUUCUUCCACAGUACCUACCCAGCUCAGCUCUCAGUGUGGUCGUGAACCGGACAACUUCAUCUCCACCCCUUGGGCCCCACCAGGAUCAACUCUGAGUUUCCCUCCCGGUGCCCGCUUCAGAGUUCUCCUUCUACCCACAAUCCUCCUGUGCUCCACCGCUCACUCACCUCCCCGUUUCCUAGCAUCCCUUCCCACAGUCCCCAGCCCCGGCAAGCCCUUCCUCUUGGUCCAGCCCCCGAGGACAUUUUGAUGACUUUACAUAGUUCGAUAUUUCCUGCUGGGGUCCUGGCAGAUGCCAGCACUCCAAAGUUGCGUCUUCCCAACUCAAUGCUCUCCUGGGUUAUUUCUUGAGUCUUCGAGACUAUCCCAUCCCGUUGGUCCGUCAUCGCGUCCAUGCUUACUCCCUAAGACCUCAAUAAGCAUGACACCUUUGGUGCCCUCAUCUCCUGCAUAAACACCGCCUUCAUCUGUUUUUUUCCUGUGCCCCCGUCUCUAUAGGAAUAUCAGAUAUUCCUAUUCUGAUUGCUUGCUCAGACACUCCUGUUGACGUUAGUCCCACAUCUUAUCUCCAUCCUUCCUUGACGCUCUUCCUCCCAAGUUCUCCUUUUGCUUGGCCUGCCACAAAGCAAACCCGGACCUCUGUCCUCGUGAACCGUCUCCUAUGAUGUUCCCCUGAGCCUCCAAAGAGGGGGCUCAGGGGGCCCGAUGGCCUCCCGCCCCCCGUGGCCCUGUAGCCCCAGCGGGCCAGGGGAAGAGCCUAGGAAGCCCCAGCGCCCAGGAUGGGCAACCGCACGUGGGAGGGCUGCCACGUGGACUCUCGAGUGGACCACCUCUUCCCGCCAUCCCUCUACAUCUUCGUCAUCGGGGUGGGACUGCCCACCAACUGCCUGGCCUUGUGGGCGGCCUACCGCCAGGUGCGCCAGCGCAAUGAGCUGGGCGUCUACCUGAUGAACCUGAGCAUCGCCGACCUGCUGUACAUCUGCACGCUGCCGCUGUGGGUCGACUACUUCCUCCACCAUGACAACUGGAUCCACGGGCCCGGCUCCUGCAAGCUCUUCGGCUUCAUCUUCUACAGCAACAUCUACAUCAGCAUCGCCUUCCUGUGCUGCAUCUCCGUGGACCGCUACCUGGCCGUGGCCCAUCCGCUGCGCUUCGCGCGCCUGCGCCGGGUCAAGACAGCCGUGGCUGUGAGCUCUGUGGUCUGGGCCACGGAGCUGGGCGCCAACUCGGCGCCGCUCUUCCACGACGAGCUCUUUCGAGACCGCUACAACCACACCUUCUGCUUUGAGAAGUUCCCCAUGGAGAGCUGGGUGGCCUGGAUGAAUCUGUACCGCGUCUUCGUGGGCUUCCUCUUCCCCUGGGCACUCAUGCUGUUGUGCUACCGCGGCAUCCUCCGGGCCGUGCAGAGCAGUGUGUCCACGGAGCGCCAGGAGAAGGUCAAGAUCAAGCGCCUGGCCCUGAGCCUCAUCGCCAUAGUGCUGGUGUGCUUUGCACCCUACCAUGCCCUCCUGCUGUCUCGGAGCGCCGUCUAUCUGGGCCGGCCCUGGGACUGCGGCUUCGAGGAGCGAGUCUUCUCCGCCUACCACAGCUCCCUGGCUUUCACCAGCCUCAAUUGCGUGGCCGACCCCAUCCUCUACUGCCUGGUCAACGAGGGGGCCCGCAGUGACGUGGCCAAGGCUCUACACAACCUCCUGCGCUUCCUGGCCAGCGACAAGCCCCAGGAGAUGGCCAAUGCUUCCCUCACCCUGGAGACACCCUUGACCUCCAAGAGAAGCACCACCAGCAAGGCCUCCGGGGCUGUCUGGGCCGUGCCUCCGACCGCCCAAGGGGACCAGGUGCCGCUGAAGGUGCUGCUGCCGCCGGCACAGUGAGCCCCAUCCCGGAUUCUCACGCCUUGCCCCUCUCUGCUGCGUGCAAAUGUCUGUAAAUACGGCCGUGUGAAUAUUCGUAAUACAAGAAGAAAAAAUGA